AUGCCUGUACCCGAAGUCUACACGUGUGAGCUACUUUACGAUGUCAUUAAGUCUUCGAGCCAAGGUCGGCUUCGUAGCGUGCUAUACCACAUCUUUGCCACCAACAGAGACGCGUUCGAUGGAGCGUGUGACAUGCUGCCUCUCCAACAAGGCAAGCUCAGGCAAACCACAGAUUUAAAAGCUCAUGAUACGACGACGGUAUUGCACCGGGACCCGGUUUGUGGUCAAUGCGACAAAGAGUAUGAUACUAUAGACAACAAACAGGAUAGCUGUAUCUGGCAUGAUGGUGAUAAAUCCAUGAAACGACGUAUCCGAUUUACUUUGGCUGACCACUGCGCAGAAGAGCUCGAUAAUACCGAAGAGAAUCGCAAGGAGUUUCUUCAAAGCUUCAGAUGGCUGUGCUAUGAUAUGAAUGCAGCCGCGUCGGGUUGCAAGAUAAGUGUUUAUCGACCCGAUCGAACUAAAAGAUUGAGAACGACGGGACUGUGA